CUGGCGUUGGGAAGAUGAUCACCGGAAAAUUGAAGCUUUCAGCUGCUCCCUGCAACUACCGCUAUUCUUCAUAUAUUUUCAACCCUUAAUUUCUACCUAAUUUCUUUGAAUUUCGAAAUUAUGUAAGAUUUUUCUUCUUAUCCCUGACACCCAUUUUCGAAAUUCUCUCUGACGAUUACUGAGAAAGUUUUCAGUUCUGAUUGAUUGGAUCAUAUGUUUGGGUUUUUUUUCUUUUGUUUUUAAGUUCUAAUUUGAGCUUGUUAGGGUUUAUCUAGCUGAACUGUCCUGGUUUUGUUACCCAAAAUCUAAUGGCGGAAACCCUUAUAAAGCCCGGAAACCCGCUGCGCCAAAUCCCCAACAACCUUAAACCCCAGCGAUUUCCCACGCAUCUUGAUGCGCCGGAGAUUUCCCCGGAAGCCCGAAUCUUGUGUGACGUCUUAACUCGAGCUUCUCCCCUUGGCAUUGAGUCUGCGCUUGCCUCCACGGGAAUCCAAUCCACCUCCGAGCUUGUCCAAGAAGUUCUCAAGUUUUCCUACAAUCAGCCCUCCUCUGCAGUCAAGUUCUUCCGCUGGGCAGGUCAGUCCGUGAAGCAGUCUGCUUAUGCGUGGAAUCUCAUGGUGGAUUUGCUUGGAAAGAACCAACUUUUUGAGUCAAUGUGGGAUGCUAUACGCACCAUGAAGCAGGAUGGUAUUCUUUCAAUGGCAGCAUUUGUUUCUGUUUUUGGUAGCUACUGUGUUGCCUAUAGGUUUGAUGAGGCUGUGAUGAGUUUUAGUGUCAUGGACAAAUAUGGUGUCCAACAAGAUGUGGUUGCGGUGAAUUCACUUCUUAGUGCAAUUUGCCGUGAAGACAAUCAGAUGAUGUUUGCAGUUGAUUUUUUUGACAAGAUCAAGAUGAAGAUCCCACCAGAUGGAGACACCUUUGCGAUUCUGUUGGAAGGGUGGGAAAAGGAAGGCAAUGUGGCGAAGGCUAAGACUACCUUUGGCGAGAUGGUGGUGAAAGUUGGGUGGAGUCCAGCAAAUAUGUCAGCUUACGACGCGUUUUUGAGCACUCUUGUUCGUGGGAACCAAGCAGAUGAGACUCUCAAGUUCUUGAAGGUGAUGAAGGGGCAUAACUGCUUGCCAGGUUUGAAAUUCUUUUCUACUGCUCUUGAUAUUCUACUUAAACGAAAUGAUUCUACCCACAUUAUCCCCCUGUGGGAUAUAAUGGUCAGUGGUGGGCUGUUGCCUAAUUUGAUCAUGUACAAUGCAAUGAUUGGUUUGUUGUGUGACAACAAUGAUUUGUGUAAUGCAUUUCGGAUCUUUGAUGAGAUGGUGUUCCAUGGAGCAUUUCCUGAUUCUUUGACUUAUAACAUGAUUUUUCAAUGCUUGGUGCGGAACAAGAGGGUUAAUGAGGUGGGAAGAUUCUUUGUUGAGAUGAUAAAGAAUGAAUAUCCUCCAACACAUUCUAAUUGUGCUGCAGCCAUUGCAAUGUUGUUGGACAAUGAUGACCCAGAAAUGGCGAUUGAGAUAUGGAAUUACAUGGUUGAGAAUCAUGUAUUCCCUCUUGAGGUGAGUGCUAAUGCGUUACUUGUUGGAAUGUGUAACUUGCGUAGGCUGUCAGAGGUUAGGAGGUUUGCUGUAGACAUGCUUGAUAGGCGAAUCAGUAUAAAUGAAUCCACAAUGGAAAAAUUGAAGAAUUCUUUUUAUAAGGAGGGCAGAAGUUUUAGAGACAAGUAUGAUAGUCUUUCAAAGAGAUGGAAAGCUGCCAAGGUCUAACAGUGUUAGCUUCUUAUCUUGUCUAUAGAGGUUUUACAGUUACCUUUUUGCUAUUGUUUGGUGACUCAUUAAAAAUCUAUUGCAAACAAUAGUUGAUAACAUUGUUUCUGCCAUUUCCUGAUUGCCCUUCUUUUUCUUCAUUUAAAGAAGAAUUUCUGCUUUUGUGGAUGCUUCUGCAUUCUGAUCAUCUUACUGUUGUGGCUAUCUUAUCCUUUUUGUUUCUCUAUUUAGUUUUGUUUUUCAUUGUAGCCUGUUAGUUCCUUUCUCAUGUUUGUUUGAGAAUCAUCUCUGCAGCACCUUGCAUCUGUUUGUGCCUGCUUUCUUGAAAUUGGCUUUGGAGGGAAAAGUUUGUUGCUUCUGGCUCUGAAUCUUGCGAGAUUUUUACUUCAUGUGACCGUAAUCUACAAGAUGAAUAUGCUAAUUCCAUGAAUGGUGGUGUGAAUUUGGGCUGUCAUUUUCUGUCAUGCUAUGAUAUCAGGCUUUUACGCUUUCUGUUUGAAGGAAAUUUUGAGAAAGAUUGUGUUCUGUCUCUUCCAAAUUUGCAGUUUCAGCACAUCCCAUGUAACCAAAAUCUCUACUCUUUUCUUUUUCUUUUUCUUUUUCUUUUUGUAAAUGUUUUUGUUUAUUGAAAUUACAGUCAGUGUAUCCUUCCUCCUUAGGGACUGAAAAUAUCAUUUCAUCUCAAGGUCUUAAUUUUCAUGUGGGGUGGGGAUAUUUUGUUAAACUGGGUCCAUUCUCUCAAUAAUGGUUCAAACUUCAAACCUUUAUUACCAUCAUAGCAGCCUAGAUGUUUAACAUUCGAAAUAUUGAGUUAGAGGUAAUCAAUUGUGUAAUCUUUUUUACUAUUAUUUUUUUGGUGACAAUCAAUUGCAUUAUAAAAGCGGACUAGCAAGCAACAACAAGAAAUUCUUGACCAAGGGCUGGUGCAAUUAGUUGGCAAGGGGUGUUGCUCCCUACCUUGUUGACCAAUGUUCAAUUCCA